AUGGGGGCGCAGCUGGGGGGGACGGAUGCCUCAACGGUGGUCAACAGCAUCCUGGGAGCGUACGGGCUGCCCGGCAUCAAGUCCGCGAAGGGUCUGAAGGCGUUCGACGACUUCGAGGAGGAGUACACGUUUUCCUACCCCCGUGCGUGGGUCGCACGGCCCAACACGCUGCGCGGUGGCAUCACCAUGAGCAACUUCCAGACGGGCGACCGCGCGUCGGUCGAGGUCGUCGAGGGCGUUCCGCGGGACGCCUCCGACGACGUCCUGAUCGCGCGGGCCGUCCGCGCCCUCAUCACGCCCGACGGAAGCAACAAGACCUCGAAUCUCGUGCCCCCCGCGCCGGAAAAGAUCAAGAGCGAGACCCUCGACCUCGACGGCACGCACUACGUCUACAUGGCCUUCCCCUCCGAGCUCGUCACGUCCUCGGGGUACAACGUGCGUAGGAAGAACCUUGCAGUGGCAGCGGUGAAGCGGGGGCGGCUGUACGUGCUCGGGGUGGCGAUCAGGAGCGACCAGUUCGACAAGGACAAGGCCGCGAUGUGCCAGGCGAUGAUGGAGUCGUUCCGGCUGCGAUGA